ACUUCACCUCACUUCACUUCAAGAUUUGACUAAUAAUACCCUAACAACUUCUUCACCAAUUUUCAAACGUUCUUUUUCUCUCUGCUGUGAAAAUGAAGCUCACUGAAUCAUCUGAGAACAAUGCUGAUGCUGGAAAUGAUUCUGGAAAUGAUUUUUCCCUAAAAUCUGAUGAUCAUGAUUCAGUUCCAGUUGAGCUUCAUGAUCAUGUAAAAGAGCUUAACCACACUGUUACCGAGGAUUCUUUGAAGGAAAAGAUUGAGGAUGAGAAAAGUUUGGGGUUGACAUCAGAAAAUGGAGGAGAAUCAGUUGAGGUAACUCAUGAAUCUGUGGUUUCUGAUGCUGAAUGGGUUUCCAAAAGUCCUGAUGUUGGAUUAUCUUCAACGGAUUCAGGAUGGCCGGCCUUCAACACUAAACCAUGUUCCUAUCCUUAUGCUCCUGUGGGGAACGAGGAAGCAAUUGUUGCAGUUUUGCAUUUGCAGCACAAUGCAAUAGAUGCUUGCCAAAAGUUCUUAGCUCCCGAAGGUUCUGACAGUGAUGAGGAUAUAAUUGAAGAUGAAGACGAGGACGAGGAUGAUGAAGAUGAAGAUGAGUUGGUAGAAAAUUGUGAUGAAGAAUCUAAAGAGUAUAGGUUCUUUGAAAAAGUGUUUGCUGAAGAUGUUGACUUGAGGAAAUAUUACAAGAACAAUAGUAAAGAAGGAGAUUUUUAUUGUUUGGUUUGUGGUGGUAUUAAGAAGAAAAUGUGGAAGCGGUUUAAGGAUUGUGUUGCACUGAUUCAGCACUCCACUACUGUACUAAGGACAAAAAGGAUGCGAGCUCAUAGGGCUUAUGCACAAGUCGUCUGUAAAGUUGUCGGUUGGGACAUUAAUCAGUUACCAACUAUUGUGUUGAAGGACGUGGAUUCCUCCUUAGCAGCUUCAAAGAAGCUUUUGGUUGAACCCGAAAAACCUGCUGCUGCAAAUGGUGUUGAUGACCGAAAUGUAACUCAUGAAUCUGUGGUUUCUGAUGCGGAAUGGGUUUGCAAAAGUCCCAAUGGUAGAUUAUCUUCAACAGCUUCAGAAUGGCCGGCCUUCAACACUAAACCACGUUCUUACCCUUAUUCUCUUGUGGGGGAUGAGGAAGCAAUUGUUGCAGUUUUGCAUUUGCAGCACAACGCAAUAGAUGCUUGCCAAAAGUUCUUAGCUCCCAAUGAUGAUUCUGACAGCGAUGAGGAUGUAAUUGAAGAUGAGGAUGAGGAUGAAGGUGACGACGAAUUGGCAGAAAAUUGUGAUGAAGAAUCUGAAGAGUAUAAGUUCUUUGAAAAAGUAUUUGCUGAAGAUGAUGGCUUGAGGAAAUAUUACGAGAACAAUAGUAAAAAGGGAGAUUUCUAUUGUUUGGUUUGUGGUGGCAUUAAGAAGAAAAUGUGGAAGAGGUUUAAGGAUUGUGUUGCACUGAUUCAGCAUUCAACUGCUGUACUGCGGACGAAAAGGAAACGAGCUCAUAGGGCUUAUGCACAAGUCGUCUGUAAACUUGUUGGUUGGGACAUUAAUCAGUUACCAGCUAUUGUGUGGAAGGAUUCGGAUUCCUCCUUAGCAGCUUCAAAGAAGCUUUUGGUUGAACCGGAAAAUCCUGCUGCUGCCGGUGUCACUGAUGAUCAAAAUGGUGAACUUGUUAAUUCAGUUGAUGACAAUUAGGAGGUUCUUAAUGAUAAUGAAGCCAAAAAGAAUAGGGUUAAAUUUUGUUUGUAGGGUGACCCUUGCUGUUGUUAACAAUAUUGGGGAGCUUGUUGGUUUAUGACUUAAGAAAAUGUCUUGGGAAUUUCCCUUGCACUAACUUCUAAGGGAUAACUUUGUAAAUACUUGCAUCUCAAACUCCAUGAAUUUCAAAAUUUGAUGCUUAAA